AUGCAUGAUGAUAGAAGCAAACUGGAAGCUGAAAAUAAAAACAAGCCUGAAGAAAUCGAAUUCUAUAAUAAAUCAAAGGGAGGCAUAGAUACAUUAGAUAAAUUGUGUGCCACGUACACGACUCAAAGAGGGUCACGACGCUGGCCUAUGGUAAUUUUCUAUUUUAUGUUGAAUGCUUGCACAAUAAAUGGUCAAGUAAUCUUCAGAGAUGUUAAACCUGAUUAUUUCAGAGAUACUUCACAUUCUAGACGAUUAUUUAUACGUGAAAUAGGUGAAGGUUUGGUGAGAGCGCAACUUCAGAUAAGGUCCGGUAUACCAAAUUUGCAACCUUUGGUAAAGUUAAGUCUUGCGCGCUGUGGAUUUGAAGUUCCCCCUAGACAAGAACAAAACCUUGAUCAACCAGGACCACCAGCAAAACGCAAAAGAUGUGCCUUAUGUUCACGGCAAGAUGAUAAAAAAACGAACCUUUAUUGUUCUAAGUUUUCAGUUACUGGUUCAACUGACGAUGGGUUUUUAGAAGGAACCCAAAAAUGCGGCGGUGGAAAAUCGGGAAUUUUCCCAGCACAUUGCGUUCAAGAAGUCAAAUUUAGACAUCACAACAUACACGCGCCGAUGAUGAUCGCGGGUGAUGCGCGCGUCCCAACUCCCAGAACUGAUGGUGGGAGAGUUUUGGGACGAAGAGAAAGCACCAAAUACUUUGCGACGGCACCAAGACUGAAAAAAUCGUAUCCGUGUGUUAACGCGGAACCCCGUACAGUUGUCCUUCAUAAGGGCCGAAAGGGUUUUGGAUUUAUCCUACGCGGUGCCAAAGCGACAUCACCCCUAAUGGAUUUAACCCCAUCGGAAAGAUGCCCCGCUUUACAAUAUUUAGACGACGUCGAUCCCGGGGGAGUUGCCGACAUCGCGGGGUUAAAAAAAGGCGAUUUCUUAUUAGAAAUUAACAGCGAAGACGUUUCUUCAGCAUCACACGAACACGUCGUUGAUCUUAUAAGAAAAUCAGGAAAUUUAGUUGCGAUGACGGUCGUUUCGUUAGGUUCCACAACAAUUAGAGCCCUCCCCAACAGUAAAUCAACAAUUUUACCAGGCGGAAACUCCGAAGUUUCAUUAAGUAGACAAUACGCAACUUUACCAAGGAAAUUACACAACACUAACAAUAAUUGCGGAACCUUAGGGAGAUCCCAAGCACCUUUACCGCCAAGAAGAGACCCAAAAACCACGUUAAGCGUGGGAAGAGCUCGCGCAAAAAGUUUAGUGGCAGGAUUGGAAGCCGCCGAUAAAGAAGAAAACGAAGAUAUCACCAAAUCCAGUUCAGCAGAAUCAAUUCAUCAAAACACCACAACAAACUCGACAAACUCAACUCCAAUCCAACCAAGAACCGCUUCAAUCCGACAACGACCCGUUUCGAGUCGAAUAACUUCGGCGGAACUCGAAGAACUUUUCCAAAGACAAAAAGGUGGUGAAACAACUACUUUAAUGGGAACUUCAAAUUUCCAAUCUUCAGGUUACAACACUUUGAGUCACCCGAGUUCCCCCGCUAAAGGGAGAGUUUACGCGAGCGUCGCGGAAAUGAAACGAAGUAAAAGUAAAAAUUCCAAAGUUAGAUUUACGAAUCCUUUCUUUCCUGGAGGUGGAGAAUUACGCAGGGAUUUUCACAGCACUCCCGAUCUCGCCCAACAAUCUUCCGCAACUUUACCCAAACACCACCGAAGUCAAGAAGAUGUAAACCUUGUAGAUAGAGGAAGAAAUAUGUUACCACCACCAACACACCCUCCCCCACCACCCCCGCCACUCGUCCAAGUCGUUAAAGUCGACAUCUCUCGAGGAAAUCAAUCCGAGUACGAUAAUUACACAAACGGAAACAAAGAUAACAAAACUGACGAAGGCAUCAUCUCCUCUUUCAAACCAACGGUGAGCGCCAAACUGUACGCUUCGCCGGAAGAUAUGCGUACGGUCGGGUACAGAUCGCGAAGUUUACCAGCUCACGUGACGCGAACUCACGUACGCAAAGCUCACAGCAUGCGCACCCAUCCAUCCACGUUUAAGCCGACAACCGCUACUUUGUCGGGUUCCAUGACGACCGGUACAAGAACGAAUCCUUACGCGCAACCGAUAAGAGCAUCUCGUUCGCACUCCUCCGCCGGCUCCAAGGAGCGUAAAAAACGCACGCACACCCCGAAAGCUACGCCUUUAAAUCAAGGGUUAACGUCUUCAGGGGUUGCACCACCUCCCAUUCCAGAGCCGGAUUAUAGUUGUAGCGAUUCCGAACGUUCCGAUGAAGAAGAUGUUAAAGAUAUGACGAAAUUAGCUUCGAGAUUAAAUCAGAUUCAAUUACAACCAGUUGAAAAUAGUGGAAAUAGUAAUACGAGUGGAAGUAGCUCCGGAAGUAGCUCUUUACCACAUAGUUUUAGCGUUGAAGAAAUUCAAAAAGGAAGGUCUUUAUUAAAAUCAUCAAAAUCGUACCCGGAUGAUUUCCUAAAGAAAAAAGAGAUUGAAAUGGGUGUUUUAGAAGAUGGAGAUAACAGCUCAUCGGGUGUUAGUUCCGAUCAAGAAGUACCAUCAGCAACCACCGGGGAUCUUAACGAACGCAUAUCCCACGACCAAAGCAUACAUUCAACCACAAAAACACAAAGACCACAAAUAGGUUUAACUCGCCAUGCAGUAUCUUUAGCUCAACUCCCACCACCUCUCGAAGCCGAAACCGAAGAAAAAGAGGAGUUUUGUCUUCCACCUCCGCCGGAAUUCGGUGAACAUCAUGGUGGUGGGGUCGUUUCCGACGUUCCGGAAGCGGUUUUGGCUCCUCCGCCGCAAUUCAGUGAUAGUCGACAGGUGACCCGUGUUCGAAUAGUGGGGGCCGUACCGAAAGGAGCGGGCCCUCAAGUUCUUGCGAAGUCGUCUCAACCGAAGAUGAAACAGGGAAGACUUCAUAGUCAGUGAUCUUAAAGUUAAUUUAUUAAUCUAGAUUUAGGUAGUUAUUAUUACGCAAACGACUCACUCACACACAAAUCGACACGUUCAUUAAAAAUAAAUAUCGAUAUUAGCAUACAUAUUGUAACAUUGAAAAGGAUGAUGAUGGAAAAGAUAUUAAAAUGAAGCGAAAAUGUAGUCAAUUGAUUUAUUACACGGUAUUAUAUGUAUAAUUUUUUGUUCGAAUAAUAGGAAACGAUGUUUUUCUUUUUGGUGCAUCUUAUCUUCAAUA